CCUCCCCCACAUUUUCACUCAGCUUCUCCAUAGCUACAGAGCUUUUUCUCUCCAUUUAUUUUCUUUUCUUCUUCAAUUUUAGAUUGAAACAUGGGCAAGGGACCUGGACUUUACUCCGAUAUCGGCAAGAGGGCCCGAGAUCUUCUGUACAGGGACUACCAGACUGACCACAAAUUCACAAUUACUACCUACUCUCCUACUGGAGUUGCUAUUACAUCAUCAGGACUGAAGAAAGGUGAUCUAUUUCUGGCUGAUGUUAACACUCAAUUGAAGAACAAGAAUGUUACAACAGAUAUAAAAGUAGACACAAACUCAAAUCUUUUGGCAACUGUUACGGUUGAUGAAGCUGCUCCUGGGUUGAAGACAAUUCUUAGCUUCAGAAUUCCUGAUCAGAGUUCUGCAAAGCUGGAAGUUCAAUAUUUGCAUGACUAUGCUGGGAUUAGCACCAGUCUUGGGUUGACAGCUAACCCCAUUGUCAACUUCUCUGGUGUUGUGGGAACUAAUCUUCUCUCUCUGGGAACUGAUCUAUCCUUUGACACCAAGGUGGGAGCUAUCACCAAGUGUAAUGCAGGCUUGAGCUUCACAAAUACCGACCUCAUUGCUUCUUUGAAUCUGAAUGACAAGGGAGACGCGUUGAGUGCAUCGUACUACCACAUAGUCAGUCCCCUGACUAUGACUGCUGUUAGUGCUGAGGUGACACACAGCUUCUGUACCAAUGAGAACACCAUCACUGUUGGAACUCAGCAUCAGUUGGAUCCUUUGACCACUGUGAAGGCAAGAGUUAACAACCUUGGCAAGGCAAAUGCUCUGAUCCAACAUGAGUGGCGUCCAAAGUCACUCUUCACCAUCUCAGGAGAAGUGGACACCAAAGCUGUUGACAAAAGUGCCAAAUUUGGACUGGCCUUGGCUCUCAAGCCAUAGGACAAUCACCUAUAGACAUGGGGUUCUAGUUAGAAGACUUGUUUGUGGCAAUUUAUUUGGUGGUUCUGGACUGUAAAAAUAAUUCUAGGGUGGUUGCUUCAACCAACGUCUUUGUCAUUUUGAGUUCGUACAUUCUUAUUCCCCUUUUUUGAAACUGAUGAUGGGUGCCCCUUAUCCCUAAACACUUGAGAGGUUUCUGCUCGAGAUUUUAGUCCGAUUAAAAGCAUCAAUUUUUGAAGAUCAUCAUCUGUUUAAGGUU